AUGGCAGCCUUAGAUGCGAAGCUUCGUCGCCAGCAGCGCAAGGUCUUGUUGCAGGUUCUGGUCAGAGCCAAAGGGGACAAGGCUGUCUUCAAGAAGGAGGUGGAACACCUUAGCAAGAAGUCUCGAAAGAACACACUCAAGGUGGAGAAAGGUUUUUACACAAAGGAAAACAUGCGCAAAGUUUUGGGAUGGAAUGCGAAGCGAAUCAAGGAUGCGGUCAGGUACUGCACUGUGAAGUCAAGGGUGAAAACGCAUGUGAGGCGUGACAAGUAUGAGCGGGACCUCAAAGAGUACUGGGUUGACACAGCCACCACGGGCACAUUCGAGAAUGAACACGAAGAGUCUUUGGUUGACCGAACGUCAACUGAAGGGAUUGCCAGCAGCUUUGACCUUGGGCUCCCUGCUGCGCCAGAUGGCAUCGAGGACCAAGGUGACGAGUCUGAGGCCGAGUCUACUUCUGGAAAUGAAGCUCCCAGUGUCCGUUCGAAAGUUCCCAAACCGGAUGACCUUGAGAAUGAGCCAGUCUUUGAGGCAGUUGAGAACAUCAAAACCGUUGUUGACAAUUUGCUUCGAGUUCAGAGCCGAUUGGAUACCCUCCGUGAGAAGCUGACAGCCCUGAACACUUCUGAAAGCCAGCAGUGCCUCCCGAAGGUGGAUGCCUACCGUUCCAAGCUUGAAAAGCGACAUGAUGAGCUUGCCGAUCUCAAGUCUUAUUUCGAUGGGCACAUGAAGGCAUCUGAUGGGGAAGAACCAUUUGAGAAAGCGAAGGUGAGCCAAUUGCAGACCCUGCUGCGAAGCAUCGAAGUGGAGUGCAUGCCCCAGACAUUCAGCUUGUCCAUGGAGGUGGUUUCUUAUUUACAUCUUCCCUACUUGCAGGACAUCCCGCGCUUUGAUGGAAGAUACAAAGCUGAAGAAGUCCAGACGAUCUUGAAGCCCACCAAGCCCCCGAAAGGGGAUGAGCCUGGUGCCAAUGCGCCCAGCGGCAGCGGCAAAAGGCCCAGGGCCAAAGCUCCUGCCAAGAAACGUAAGGCUGCCGUGGCAGAACCAUCCGAGCCGGCAAAGAAACCUAAGAUUAAGAAGAAGAAGGCAGCCAACUGUUCCACUCCUCAAGCAGUUGCAUCUUCGCACGGCCCCGUGGGUCCUGCAGGCAAAGCUGUGGCACGGGCGAUCGCCAAGGGGGUUACCGAAAAAGAAGCCUGCCAUUUGGUGCAGGCAUUUUGGGAGGAGUUCGAACCCUUGCUGAAACCCGAUUCCAUAGUCCCAAGUGGAAACUUUUGUGCAUUAGCAUCCAGGCUGGCCAGAACAGACCAUGAGAACCGUUUGUCCAGCCACCUUCCCAAAUUUGGGCUAUGCACCAACAUCCCAGUGAGUUUUGUUGAUGUGGGCCUGUCCGAAACACACCCAAUCUUAGCGGUUUCCGACUUCAUCAAGACAUUGGAUGCCGACAACAAAAUGGACACUCUAUUGAUGGGCAACCGGGCUCAACAAUAUGAAGAGUUCUGGAAUUAUUGGCGGCAACUUGUAUGUUGCUAUGACUACGGAAUCUUCGGGUGCAACUCUUUUGAGGAGCAUUUGUCAACCGUAUUUGCUGAGCUGAAACAAUUUUGCGCACGGAACUCAUUGCAACUGCACAUGAUGCACCUAUCGCGACAAUUGCUUGGUUUUACAAAAUCCAGUGAGUACCCGAUUGGGAAUUGGUUCAAAGGUGCUGACACAGUUUCGCUCUUGAAAUUUCUUGAGAUGAUUCUUCCUGAGAAACUAUUGGAUGCCAGUGUGGACGAAGAGACCAACAAUUUUUUCCAGGUUCAAUACCUCUGGAAAUAUCGUUCCUUUCGCUUUGAAUCUGAAAGGGCCGGGCCAUUGGAACCGCUGGUGACGGCAGCUAUGGUUUGA